GUGUGUGUCUGUGUGUGUGUGUUUCAUGGUCCUGGCAAAAUGCCUAGCGCCUUCCUACUCACCACCAGCACAGUGUUCUUCCAGUUGCAGGAGCUGAAAAGACGACUUAUCUGUCGGCUCGCAUGUGUGGGAGGGCGUUGACGUCACUCGGCGGUCGAAUAAAAAGAGAGCGCGAGAGAUCUCCCCGAAGACCGACCCGCGACAUUUUCCAGACCGUAUCUUUGUCGAUCUGCUUCCUUUCCGAUAUGUUUGUCUGUUCUAUUUGGAGACUCUUGCUUGCGUACGGCACCGUUUUGUGAUGUCACACUCGCAUGGAAUGUGUGUUGAUUCAUUCAAUCAAGAGAUUGGGAAGUAACUCACCACGCGAUAGUAUCACCAUACCGGGUCGUUUCUUCAUACUGUAUAGCAAUUCCAAUCUUAAUACCGUAAUUUUCGGACUAUAAGUCGCGAUUUUUUUCAUAGUUUGGGUGGGGGGGGCGACUUACACUCAGGAGCGACUUAUAUACAUAUAUGUAUUUUUUUCACUUUUUUGGGCAUUUUAUGGCUGGUGCGACUUAUACUCCGGUGCGAUUUAUAGUCCGAAAAUUACGGUAGUCAUAAAUCAGGGGUUCUCAACCUGUGGAUGGGGACCCAAGAGUGGACCGAUUAAUUUUGGGUGGGUCGGGUAAAAAAUACAUACUGAAUAGCAAUUCCAAUCCUAAUACAGUCAUAAAUUCGGGGGUCUCAACCUGUGGAUGGGGAUCCAAAAGUGGACCGAUUCAUUUUGGGUAGGUCGGGUAAAAAAAAAAUUGGACUUUUGAGAGGUUGAGACCUGCAUUCAUAGAGGAGAUAUAUAUCUUGAGCAUUUAAUUUCCCCCCCAAGCUCUUGUUUAGUCAUUUUUAUUAACUUCCACAGGUGAGCUAUAGAGAGCUAUGGAGCACAGACUUGGUCCUAUCAUGUCAUUUCCUCUCUUGCCCUUAGUUAAGAAUUCAUCUCGGACACCAAGGUCACGGCCCCUGCCAUGCAAAUGGAGGCCCCCCUGUUUCCUCAAGGAUCCCCUCUGUUCUGCAGAGCGCCGGGGGCCGCGGAAACGCCAGCGGUUGUCAGGGAACUUCUUGAGCAAGAAGACCACCAUCGGCGAUAAAGAAGGCGGUGCGCACAGUCGGGAUGUUCGAGCUCCAGAUCCGCCACUACCAGAACCCCAACGGACUCCUUCUGAACGGAAACUGCUGCGACAUCCCGGUCGGCGGCGAACAACGCUGCUCAUCCCGAGACCAGUGCGACACUUUUUUCCAAGCCUGCCUCAAGGAGUACCAAGCCCGAGUGGCCCCGACCGGACCCUGCACCUUCGGCUCGGGCGGCACGGGGAUCCUUGGAGGAAAUUCCCAAUCGCUCCACCGCCGUGGAGAAGAUGAUGGGACUAAUGGACUCAUUGUCAUUCCCUUCAAAUACGCCUGGCCAAAGUCAUUCUCUUUGGUUUUGGAGGCUCAGGAUGACGACAACAACACAUCACAAGCAGAUCAGCUGAUUGAGCGUGUUCUUCUCUCCUCCAUGUUGAAUCCCGGAGAGCAGUGGCAGGCGUACCGCCACCACGGCCGCUCCUUCAGCCUGGAGUACCGGCUGCGCUUUCGCUGCGACUCCAACUACUACGGGCCCUUCUGCAAUAAGUUCUGCCGCGCCCGCGACGACUUUGUCGGCCAUUUCAACUGCGACCCCAACGGCUCCAAGGUCUGCAUGGAAGGCUGGACGGGACCCGAGUGCAAAGAAGCCGUGUGCAGGCAAGGCUGUCACCAGGCCCACGGCUCUUGCACCGAACCUGGGCAAUGCACCUGUCACUACGGCUGGACGGGGUCUCUGUGCGACCAGUGUGUGACGUUCCCCGGUUGCGUGUACGGCAGCUGCACUGAACCCUGGCAGUGUGUGUGCGACGUCAACUGGGGAGGUCUGCUGUGUGAUAAAGACCUGAACUACUGCGGGACUCACCAACCUUGCAUGAACGGCGGCACCUGCACCAACACGGAGCCCGACGAGUACCAGUGCGAGUGCCAGGAAGGUUUCAGUGGGCGCAACUGUGACAUUGUUGAACACGCGUGCGUGUCGUCGCCAUGUGUGAACGGCGCCACCUGUGUGGAGGACUCCACGGGCUUCAGCUGCGUCUGCGCCCAAGGUUGGACCGGGCAGACCUGCGCAAACGCGCUGAGGCAGUGCGACCGAAGUCCUUGUGGACCAGGUGCUACUUGCCAAGAGACUGCGGGAGGUUACCGAUGCCUCUGCCCGCCGGGAUGGAGUGGCAGAACCUGCCAGCUAGACGCCGAUGAGUGUGAAAUGAAAAUAUGCGUCCAUGCCCGCUUUUGCCGCAAUCUGAUUGGUGGAUACCUGUGUGACUGUCUUCCUGGAUGGAUGGGGUCAAAAUGCGACAUCAGGAACAGCAGCUGCCAGAGCGUGUGCCUCAAUGGCGGACAUUGCGAGGACCAGAUGUCAGGAUCCAGAUGUUUGUGCCCGCCUGGCUUCUCUGGAAAAUACUGCCAAAUUCGCCUUGGUCCGUGCGAUAGCGCCCCCUGUCUGCAUGGAGGUCAAUGCACGGAGAAGGAUGAACGCACUGUCGUCUGUGACUGCCCUUUUGGGUAUUCUGGAAUCUUCUGUGAGAUUGCGCUGGACGUGUGCAACCCCAACCCCUGCUCUCAGGGGAUGCCCUGUCACAACAUCGACGGCAGGUACAUGUGUGCCUGUCCUGAGGGUUACCAUGGAAACGAGUGCCUCACCCUCAAAAGCCCUUGUUUUGGCUCUCAAUGUCCAGGCGCCAUGUCAGACACACAAGGCGGCAUCAGCUUUUAUAUGAUCCUGUUGGGCGUUUUAGCGUUGGUGCUAGUGUGCGGCUGCACCGCCUGUGCCUUGGUCCUGUCGCAUUUGCAGCACAAGCGGAAAAAGCAGCAAGCCGUCCCGCCCGAGGAGGACACCAUCAACAACCAGAGGGAGUACGUCAACCUCAUCCGAAAUUUGGACCACUUGGUCCCCCCGCCCCUCCUGCCUCCCGCCGUGCCUCUGGUCCAGUCGCCGCCCGGCGCGACCGCCGCCGCCGUCAGCCCGCACUGCUACGAGGAAAUCGAGCUGACUCUCCCUCCCUCCCCGGCCCCCUCGCAUUCGUCGUCCCCUGCGCUGAAGCAGGCCCACGUCCCAAAACUGGAUAUUUCCAACCGGGAGCGGGAGAAGCUGAACCGCUUCCACUGCACGGAAAACCACGAGCUCCAAGUGUGACCCUUGAACUUUGAGGCUUAUUUUAUUCUGCAUACUUUGCACUCUCUCGCUCACAGGGUCCACAUUUCUUGUUUGGCCUAUCGUGUCGUUGACGCUCGUCAGAUGACCUAAAGUAACAAGAACUUUUAGUACUGGGUACUUGGUAGUUCCGGUGCUAUGACAGACUUGGUUUGAAGAAGAAGAUUGGCGACUGUUUAUGGAGAUGUUAUCAACAGUGGUGUGUUGUAUUGGUCACCGUGAGUCUGAUUUGCCAUCGUAAAUAUUGAACAGAUUUAUCGAAGAAAACCGUUUUGGACACAUCCUGAAAAAAAAAAAGCAGAAUUGGGCUUUUGAUGAUUUUAAUUGUAAAAGGAAAAAUGCUCAAGUUCACCACAAUUAUUAUAUUGGUCAGUAUAUGAGAUAAAAAAGAAUAAAAGUUUUGGUGGAAACGCGCCAUCGUGACCUCUGAGUGCCUGAAACUGUCACAAUAAUUCAGGCCGAAAUCAAAGCGGGCCGUCGAAUGAAUGGAUGAUUAUUUAAAAUCCAACUGGAUGAAUGUGAGAUUAUUUAAAGUAGCCAUUUUUCUUCUAUUUACAAGAAGGAAGAUUCAUUUCCAACACUCAAUUCCUGGACUCAAAACGUGAAAGACUGUACAAUAUCCGAAAGUCGUGCUUUAAGGCCUGACAAAUGAUUUUUUAAAAGCAUACACCGUUGCCUGUGUUGUUUCUGUGACUCUACCUUUUUUUCAUUCUGCCUGUAAGAUAGUUUGUACAUAACUAUAUUGUAAAUAUCGAUGCCUCCGUGGUUCAGUCUGAGAGUAUCACUCUUGUUGUUUUACUGGCGUUCUGUAAUAAAAGUGCAUUUAACAGUU